AUGUCCGACUUAUAUCUGUCGCGCAUGCGCAACUGGUUCCUCAGCUCGCCUCCUGCCGAAUGGGCCCUCAUCCGCCUCCGCGAGCUGCUGAUCGGGGCAUUGCGCCAGGGCCCCGUCCCUACCCAUGUCGCUUUUGAGAUGGACGGCAACCGGCGAUAUGCAAGGAGCCACAAGAUCGAGACCAUCGAGGGCCACCACCUUGGCUUUGAAGCUCUAGCUCGGGUCCUCGAAAUAUGCUACAAGUGCGGCGUCAAAGUUGUAACCGUCUACGCAUUCAGCAUCGAGAAUUUCAACCGCCCAAAGUACGAGGUCGAUGGCUUGAUGCAGCUCGCCAAGCUCAAGCUCGAGCAGCUGGUACAGCACGGAGAGCUCCUCGAUAGAUACGGCGCCUGUGUUCGUGUUCUAGGCCAGAGGGACCUCAUAAGCCCCGACGUUCUCGAGGUGGUUGACAGAGCCGUCGCCACGACGAAGCACAACACCGAUACCAUCCUCAACAUAUGCUUUCCCUACACGUCGAGAGAAGAGAUCACGACAGCUAUCCGAUCGACUGUACAGGAAUACUCAACUACGCCGCGCCCCCAUAGCACGCCAUUUUCGCAAAGCCGCAUCACACAAAAGAUCAUGUCCAAGCAGGGUGACAAGCACGAGCCCUUGUCAUCGAUUAGGGAAUUGUCUCCCUCGCCCUCGCCCCCUUCGUCUCGGUCCGACGACCACGAAGGCUCUGUCUCGUCAUCAGUGACACUGCAUGUUGAGUCCGGAGCGGAGCCUAACGUGACAAUCUACCCCAACGCUGAGAACAUCACUGCCCAGACCAUCGAAAGCCAUUUAUACACGGCUGGAUGUCCGCCCCUCGACAUAUUCGUUAGGACAAGCGGGGUGGAGAGGCUAAGCGAUUUCAUGCUGUGGCAAGGUCACCAAAAUGCGCAGAUCUUCUUCCUCAAGUGCUUCUGGCCCGAGUUUGACCUGUGGCAAUUUCUCCCGGUAAUCGUUGAAUGGCAGCGACGUCAAAUACAAAAGGAGAGAGACGAGAGACCUCGGCGGGCGAAGCAAGUUUAA